AUGGCCGAGGACACGCCGCAGCAGGAGGCGCCGCAGCAGGGGGGUGAUGAGCUAGACCUUUCGCGGCGGCAUCCCCUUGAGACCCGGUGGACGCUCUGGUUCGACAACCCAUCGCAAAAGCAGAGCAUGAACAAAUUCGGGCAGGGGCUGCGGCCUGUGUACUCUUUCGACACAGUGGAGGACUUUUGGUGCUUGUACAACAACAUCAAGGCGCCCAGCCAGCUGCAGCCCAGUGCCACCUACUACCUGUUCAAGGACGGGAUCCAGCCCAAGUGGGAGGACCCCAAGAACACAAACGGCGGCUGCUGGACAGCGACCGUGCCGCGCACACCAAACGCCAACCAGCUGCUGGAUGCCUGGUGGCUGCAUGUGGUGCUGGCGUGCAUCGGCGAGCAGUUUGAGGAGGGCGAUGAGGUCUGCGGUGUUACGGUCAACAUCCGUAACGGCAAGAACCGCAUUGAGAUGUGGACCAAGACGGCGGCCAACGAGGCGCUGCAGAUUAGCGUCGGGAAGCAGCUCAAGUCUCUCAUUGACAUGUCGGACAACACCAAGAUCGGCUUCUCCGUGUUUGCCGACAAGCUGCAGCAGGGCAAGGCGCGCGACAGGGCUGAGGAUGUCACCCCUGACACCCGCGCCGAGGUGCAGUGCACUCUGGAGAAGCGCGCCGGUGCCAAGGGCCCAGCCGCGGUGGUGCUGGACGGGCCGCCCCAAGAUGAGAAGGCAUUGCAAGAGGCCAAGAGCAAGGCCUUUGACCUGUCAAAGAUUCGGCAGUACAUGGGCGCGGACGUGCUGAGCCUGCUGAGCGUCCCCGUGUUCAUCAUGGAGCCGACGUCCAUGCUGCAGAAGAUGGCCGAGAUGAUGGAGUACGCGGGGCUGCUGGACGCGGCGGCGGCGGCGCAGAAUCCCGUUGAGAGGAUCGCGCUCGUCGCGGCGUUCCUGAUGACGCCGUUUGGCGCGUGCGAGCGCGCGUGGAAGCCCUUCAACCCGCUGCUGGGGGAGACCUACGAGCUGGAGGGCCUUGGGCCAAACAAGGACGCGCGGUUCUUCGCCGAGCAGGUCAGCCACCACCCCCCCGUCGGCGCGGCGCACGCCGAGGCCGCCCGCUGGACCUACGACAUCGUCAGCGCCCCCAAGACGCGCUUCCUCGGCAACACCCUCGAAGCGGCGGCGGCGGAGACGUACACACACCUUCCGCCGCACGUUAAAGUCCACAACGUGGUCCUGGGCCGCACGUGGAUCGACGCGGAGGGCGACUUCCUGGUGCACUGCCCCGAGACCGGCCUUAAGGUCGUGCUGCGGUUCACGCCCUGCGGCUGGUUCAACGCGGGGCGCUACCAGUACAGCGGCUUCGUGACCGACGCGGCUGGUGCGCGGCGGCUGCACCUGAGUGGGCAGUGGUGCAGCCACAUGGACGCGUCGGAGGUGGGGCAGGGCGGCGCGCCGCCGCCGCCGGGCGCCGCGCGGCGGCGGCUGUGGACGUGCGCGCCCAAGCCAACCGGGGACUACUACGGCAUGACCCACUUCGCGCGCCAACUCAACAGCUGCGGCGCGCUGCGCGCGCCGCCGCUGCCGAGCGACAGCCGGCGGCGGCCAGACAGGGAGGCGCUGGCGGCGCGGCGGCUGGCACGCGCGGGGGCGGAGAAGGCGCGGCUCGAGGAGAUGCAGCGGGCGGAGCGCGGGCACCGCGAGCGCGCUGCCGGCGCCGCCGCCGCCGCCGCCGCUUGGAGCCCGCGGUGGUUUGAGAGGGAUGACAGCUUGCGGCUGCUCCCUGAUGAGAUGGACGUUGACAGCGUGCCGGCCUGGCGGUGGCGGGAGGGCGGGUUCACGCGGCUGGACGCGCGGCUGACAGCGGCCGCCGCUGCAGGGGGGCAGGGCAAGGACGUGCGGGGGCGGGCGGAGGCAGGGCUGGGGGCGCGGCCGGGGGGCGUGGAGGAUUCUGAGGUGUGCGGCCGAGGGUUUGCGCCCUGGCAGUUCCCCCACCUUCACGGCUGA